GUGGGCAGGGUUUAAGAAGAGUUAAGAGCUAUUUCAACUCGAAAUCCAGAGGCGACUGAACAUCUGGGACGUUGAGCGUCACAAUUAUUGUAUCAGACAUGCACUGGAUUCUACCUUUCUUCUCUUUUUUGAUAUGCCAUUGCAAACUGGCAUCAUGUUCAAAUGAUUUUGCCCAGCUUGCCGAUGUAGAGAAGUAUGAAAUAAUUACUCCUCAAAGAUUGACCAAAGGCCGAACCAAACGAGACAUUUCUUCAAAAGAGGUUCCCUACCCUGAGAAAGUGCAGUAUGCCUUGACUAUAGAAGGGAAGAACUAUACCAUUAAUCUUGAAAAGAAUAGAAUUCUUUUGGGAAAAGAUUACACUGAGACACACUAUCUACAAAAUGGUACUGAGGUGACUAGCUCUCCAAAUAUUGAGGAACACUGCUUCUAUCAAGGUCACAUUCAAGGUGUGAAAGACUCUUCCGUCAGUAUAACUACAUGCUCUGGAAUCAGAGGCCUUCUAAUGGCUGAGCAGAAAGUCUACCUGAUUGAGCCCCUGAAUGGAGCUUCAGAGGGAGCCCAUGCUGUUUACAGACAGGAGCACCUGAGAAUGAAGCGAGCGACCUGCAGAGACUCGAGUGAAACUGUCUAUGACCACGGACCCAGACUGGCUGGGAUCUUCAAGACACCGAUCUGGAAAAGUGCUCCUCUUGCAAAAGGCAACAGAUUUGUGGAGAUGUUCUUGGUUGUUGACAACAGAGAGUAUACAAAAUAUAACAGAGACAUGCAGGAAAUCCGAAGCCGGAUGCUGGAAGUUGUAAAUCAUGUUGACAAGCUUUAUCGACCCGUUAACAUACGUGUUGUGCUGGUUGGAAUGGAAGUCUGGACAUACACGGACAAGUUUGUUGUCAACACUGAUCCUGAUAAAACCCUGAGCCAUUUCCUAGCCUGGCGCAAGACGAAUUUGCUCAAAAAGAAGAAGCAUGACAAUGCUCAGUUUGUGACUGGCAUUAACUUUGAAGGCAGCACAGUGGGGUUAGCAACAAAGUUUGCUAUGUGCUCUGGUGACUCUGGUGCAGUUAAUGAGGACCAUAACAGAAACCCUAUAGGGGUGGCAUCAACAAUUGCCCAUGAGAUGGGGCACAACUUGGGCAUGUCUCAUGAUGAUCCUGACUGUGUCUGUGAAGCAUCAAAGUCCCGCAAGAGCUGUAUAAUGGCAGAUAGUAUUGGUGACAUUUACCCAGAUAGCUUCAGCCACUGUAGCCAGCAGGCCCUACAGCAGUUCUUGAGUCAGUACUACCCCAGCUGCCUGUUGAACACCCCCAAUACAGAUGAUCUGUACGGAGGCCCAGUGUGUGGUAAUGACUUUGUGGAGCAGGGUGAAGAGUGUGACUGUGGGACUGUAGAGGAAUGCAGGAACCCUUGUUGCAAUGCCACAACCUGCAGAUUAAAGGAAGGGGCCCAGUGUGCUCAUGGUGAAUGCUGCCACGGUUGCAAGGUCAAACCAGCUGGAGAUGUGUGCAGACAUAGUGUGAGUGACUGUGACCUGCCAGAGUAUUGCACUGGCCUGAACCCACAGUGUCCAGAGAAUGCUUUCAAAAUGAACGGAUCCCCUUGCAAAUCUGGACAGGGUUACUGCUUUAAUGGAGAGUGCCCCACACACCAGCAGCACUGCAUUACCCUUUGGGGACCAGCUGCCAGAGUCGCUCCAGAAUCCUGCUUUCAGCAAAAUAAAAGAGGAGACCAGCAUACUCAUUGCAAGAACCUCAAUGGAUAUCAAAGUUGUGCUGAAAAGGAUAUUAAAUGUGGAAAGCUACAUUGUCAGGAUGGAAAUAUGUUCCCAAUCACUAAACACAAAUACGUGAUAACCCUUCAGUGGACCAUACAGUGUAAAAUAGCAGAGAUGUUAAAUGAUACUGACUCUGAAGAUCUUGGGCUGGUCCCUAAUGGAACUAAAUGUGAAAAGGGGAAGGUGUGCUACAAUGGCAGGUGUCAGGACCUUGAUAUUUAUGAAACGGGAGACUGUUCUGCAAAAUGCAGUAAUCAUGGGGUCUGCAAUCAUAAAAAGGAAUGUCACUGUGAUGCAGGAUGGUCACCACCAUAUUGUGAUGUUAAACUGUCUGAGCUCCCUAAAGGUGGAAAUGCCAUCAUUAUUGGAGUAACAGUAACAGUGGUCGUGCUAGUAAUGGCUGCCCUUAUCACCAGUGGACUAAUGUUUUGCAGACGUAGCGGGAAGGAGAACAACCCCAGAAAAACAAAAGAAAAAUCUGGACUGUCAAACCCAUUAUUUCCAGGGGGAGGUAACAAAGGGAGCCCUCGGGCUGGGACCCCCAAGAUCAGCAAGCCAAUAUUUUUGGAGUCAUCGUCUGCUCCCCAGCUCUGCACCCCCCUGUGCGUCACAGUCAUUCCCAGUCGACCUCCGCCACAGCCACCCAAGGCAGUGCAGCAGUCACCCAUGAAGUAUAAUACAACAUCAGGACAGGUUGUAAAACCCAGUAUGCCACCUCCUGUCCCUCCAGCCAAGCCAAGAUAUUCACAGGCCAAACCAGCCCCCCCUACAAAACCUCUGCCCAACUUGAAAGCCAAACCGUAUACAAAGCCUAGUCCAUGUGCUCCAGUACCUUCUGUGAAACCUCCAUCAGCUGUCCCACACUGGAAACCGACUCAGGCUGGAACAAGGCCAAAGGCUGCACUGAUGCCUCAUGGUCAGCCAAUAUGACAAGGAAGUCGAAGAGCCAUAACUAUGAUUUAGAAAAAGCCUGUACAAAGGCGAGAGGUGUCUGCUUGAAGCUUUGCUGGGGGGCUCGUUUGGACUGUAGUCCCUUCAAAUGUCUGUAUGUGCCUUAGAGAGGUCAAUGGAUAGUUUGUGUUUAGAAAGAAAAGUGUGUAUGACUAUGCAAAUACAAUUCAGGGUUUUUGGAUAAUUGUCAGCCUAUUGAAUUGUUUUUCCAUUAUCAAAUAUAUUGCAACACAUUUCUUGGUGUUUCUUCAUUUUGUGCUUUAUGUGCAUUUCCUGCCUUGGUGUCCAAGUGACUCAGUGCACAUUUGCUGUUGACUCUGCCUCUGAUAAGAGGCAAUGAAAAGUAAAGAGACAUUCUCCAAGAGUGUUGGGGUGGGGGUGGGAAGCGUGGCACUUUACACCAAGUAAGUGUUUGUACAGGUUUUAUGUUUUCAUUCUAAAUUGUUAACUUAUCUUGGCCUUAAAAAAUGAACCCUGCUGAAACAGCUCUGGACCGAGACCUGACCAAUGCUCUAGACCAGGGUCUAAGAUGCAGUCAGCUCAGCAGCAUGAUUAUUUGGAUAGCUUCCAAUUGGUCUCCUAAACAACAAGAGGAACGACACCCUUCUCUCUGCUGUGCCUAAGAAGCUUAAACAUCCUGAAAGUAUCACUGAUGUCAUAAUAUUGCAUUUAUGAUUAACAUGUAUGUUAAUUAUGGGAUAUUCACCAUGGUGUAAGGUAUUUUCCAUCCCUGUAAAUGUUAAACGAGGGCAAUGGAGCAAACCUAAGAAUGCUUGCUUUUGGGUGUAUAAAGAAUGAGAAAUCUAUGCUACAGUGACACAGUGUAUCUUGAGAUGUGUAUGUGAGGGGAUCAGACAUCUGUUGGGUAAUUUUAGUUCCGUCCAGAUGUCUUGAAAGAAUCAUGUUCAGUUAUUGGAGCACAAAUCAUAACAAAUAUCAUUUAUCAGAAUUUAUCCAUUCUGCACAGCACAGGGGUUUGUUCUUGGUUUGUUGCAGUUUUACUUAUCAAUUUUGUUUGUAAUCUACUGUCAUAAGCAGUCACAUCCUAUUACAAAUGAUCACUUUCCUGUUUGCAAGCUGCAUCUGGAUGUGGCUUGAUGAUACAUGUUUUUGAUAUAAAGUCAUGAAGAAGUGAUGAGAUUGGUUUAGAUUUUGUGUAAUUCCUUGACAGCCUUUAUAUUCAGCUGGACUGAGUUAACAUUUUCAGAAUAGAAAGCUGAAGGCAUAACUUGUAUUAUUAAAUGAUUGUGUAUUUAAUUAUUCACAGUUGCUUUGUUUUGUACUGUUAUUAUGACUUUUCACUUGCACCUGAUAAAGAGACCUUUGGCAUAUGUUGCAAUUUUUGCUGAAAAUCAACAUGCUGGUACUGGACAAACUUCUGAAACUGGUACAUUAUUUUAAUUUUGAUGUGAUAAAUACAUUUAAAAAAUACUCAA